GAUUUCCUGUUUGUUAACAAUGAUUUCCUUUUUAACAAGUUUAAAAAAAAUUGGAUUCUCAUGGAUGAUCAAAUAUCUUCCAUUUCACGCCUAUAAAUAUCCUUUCAAUCACACCUCAAUAAAUCAUUGCUUUCACUACUUUCAAUUCUUCAUUCCUUCUGUCUUUUUGGGUUUUACUCUUCUUUUUUUUGUGAAAUCAAGAUGGAUCUUGAUCUUUCUCCAAAGCUGGCAAAGAAAGUGUACGGUGACGAUGCUGGAAGCUACUACGCAUGGUGCCCCGAUGAACUUCCUAUGUUGCGUCAAGGCAACAUUGGUGCAGCCAAGUUGGCCCUUGAGAAAAAUGGCUUUGCCCUCCCUCUUUACUCUGAUUCUUCCAAGGUUGCUUAUGUCCUUCAAGGGGCUGGUGUUGCUGGGAUUAUUCUCCCUGAAUCAGAGGAGAAAGUGAUUGCAAUCAAGAAGGGUGAUGCAAUUGCUCUUCCAUUUGGUGUCAUCACCUGGUGGUACAACAAGGAGGACACUGAAUUGGUGGUCCUUUUCAUGGGGGAUACCUCAAAAGGCCACAAACCAGGCCAGUUCACUGAUUUCUUCUUGACAGGUGCCAACGGCAUCUUUACUGGCUUCACAACUGAUUUUGUGAAGAGGGCAUGGGAUGUGGAUGAUGACACUGCCACGGCCCUAAUUGGAAACCAAAAGGGCAAAGGCAUUGUCAAGCUUGAUGCCAAUUUCAAGAUGCCCGAACCCAAGCCCGAUCACCGCAAAGGAAUGGCCUUGAACUGUGAAGAAGCUCCGUUGGACACCGACAUCAAGAAUGCCGGCAACGUCGUGCUCUUGAACACUAAAAACCUCCCUUUGGUCGGCCAGGUGGGUAUGGGGGCCGAUCUCGUCAGGCUGGAAGGUAAUGCAAUGUGCUCCCCUGGCUUUUCUUGUGAUUCAGCCUUGCAGGUUACAUACAUAGUCAAAGGCAGUGGUCGUCUCCAAGUGGUGGGCGUCGACGGCAAAAGGGUCCUGGAAACCAUCGUGAAAGCCGGCAAUCUGUUGAUUGUGCCAAGGUUCUUUGUUGUUUCAAAGAUUGCUGAUCCAGAUGGUUUGUCAUGGUUCUCAAUCAUCACCACCCCAAACCCUAUGUUCACCCACUUGGCUGGAAGCAUUGGGGCAUGGAAGGCGAUAUCACCUGAAGUUCUUCAAGCAGCAUUCAAGGUUCCUGCUGAGAUAGAGAAGCUUUUCCGCUCCAAGAGGACCAAUGAUGCCAUCUUCUUCCCACCACCAAAAUGAAGGCCAUCCGUUUAGCUGUCUUCUGUUAGUUUUUAGUGUGUUUUUUUUUCCGAAUAAAAUGGGUUUUAGUGACUACUGAAUUGGAUUAUUAGUGAUAAUAAAUGUUUUUCUUCAUUUGGUAUAUGUCAAUGGAUGAUAUGAAUAUCAAUGAAUUAGGUGUUUAAGUAA